AUGGCCGGUACCCAGGACCCUCCAGCUGACAGCCAGCCGCGCCCCAAUGCUGCUGGCGACGCGCCCGAUGAUGCGUCUGGGUCUGCGGCAGACGAGCAGCGGCAGCAGCAGCAGCAAGAGUACAGGAAUCCUCGACACAGCGGUCACAAGCGAUCAAGGAUGGGCAAGAACCGAGAAAAGGGUCGGGCGGAGUGGGAAAAGGGCCGAGCAGCAGACUACCACGAGCGCAAGCGUCGCAAGGUGAACAAGGACGGCGAGGAGAUCCCUCCCAAGCCUAACCCCUUCUUCACCGAGGAGGAGAUCGCGGCCGAGGAGAAGCGGCCGAAGCGCAAGGUGGCCGUCAUGAUCGGCUACUCGGGCACGGGAUACCGGGGGAUGCAGAUCAACGGCGACGAGGCCACCAUCGAGCGUGACCUGUUCCGGUCCUUCAUCCGUGCCGGCGCCAUCUCCAAGGCCAACGCCAACGACCCGCGCAAGUCGAGCCUGGUGCGCUGCGCCCGCACCGACAAGGGCGUGCACGCGGCCGGCAACAUCAUCAGCCUCAAGCUCAUCGUCGACGACCCCGGCGACAGCGGCGCCGUAGACCCGACCCUCGUCGACCGCAUCAACGGCCACCUGCCCGACCAGAUCCGCGUCUGGGGCAUCCAGCGCACGAACAACUCCUUCAGCUGCUACCAGGGCUGCGACUCGCGAUGGUACGAGUACCUCAUGCCCAGCUACUGCCUGCUGCCGCCCCACCCGAACACGUACCUGGGCAGGAUGGUGCCGGAGCUGGCGCGCGAGAACGGCUACGCCGACACCCUGGCCGAGCUGGACGCCGACGUCGCCGACUUCUGGGCCGCGGUCGAGGAGGAGGACAUCAAGCCCGUCCUCGACAGCCUGGACCCAGACAUCAGGUCCCAGGUCCUCGAGCGGGUGCACGCCGCCGACGAGGAGAGCGAGGAGCAGGAGCAGGAGCAGGAGCAGGAGCAGGAGCAGGAGCAGGGUGACGAGGAAGACGGCAGGGCCGGCAAGACCAUGGAGCCCCAGACGGGCAUCGCCCUCGAGACCUUCCAGCCGAAGAAGCGCCAGCUGGGACCGCUCGACUUCGCCCUCCGCGACCUCAAGGCCGCGUACGUGGGCGCCAAGCGGCGGUACCGCGUGUCCGGGGGCCGCCUCGCGCGCCUGCAGGCCGUCCUGUCCCGCUACGAGGCCACGCACAACUUCCACAACUACACGGUGCAGAAGUCCUUCGACGACCCCUCGGCCAAGCGCCACAUCAAGUCGUUCGUCGUCAACCCCACGCCCAUCAUCAUCGGCGACACCGAGUGGCUGUCCCUCAAGGUCCACGGCCAGAGCUUCAUGAUGCACCAGAUCCGCAAGAUGGUCGGGCUGGCCAGCCUGAUGGUCCGGUGCGGCACCCCGCUCGAGCGCGUCGACGAGAGCUACGGGCGCCAGAAGAUGGCCAUCCCCAAGGCCCCCGGCCUGGGCCUCCUGCUCGAGCGGCCCGUGUUUGAGCAGUACAACAAGAGGGCCACCGAGUCCCUCGGCAGAGAGACGAUCGACUUUUCCAAGUACGAGGAUAAGCUGCUGGCUUUCAAGAAUGAGCACAUCUAUAACCGCAUCUUCGAGUCCGAGGAGCGCGAGAAUGCUGUCGACAGCUUCCAUGCCUUCUUCAACCAGAUUGACCAGUUCAAGCAGAACCACUUUCUGUGGGUCACGGCCGGCGGUAUGAAGUCGGCCGUCAUCUCCAAUACCAAGGAGCAGCAGAAUGUCGAUCAACAGCUGGGCGACGAGGACGAGGAGGAUCCCGAGGGUGGAGAGGGUUAG